AUGCCUGUUUCGACCAUGUUAGAGCCUAUAAAACAAGGAAGAGAUAUGGUUCAUGAUAUUAUACAAGAUAGAAGGCUGAUCGCUACCUUGGUUGCUUCUCAAGCAUCCAUAUUUUGUCCUUUAUUUUUACUAUUAAAUCAUUCAGUAGCGCUCAAUUUAUCAUCAGCGGUCAUCAUUGAGCAGUUAUUUCAAUGUCUUAUGCCUAUUGGUCUAGUCAUCAGUUGGUACUUUUGCAUCACAUUCGAUCAACAUAUCAAAUUGGUAAUAGAUCUAAAGGACAACUGGCUGGACAUUGCUCCAAAAUAUGUCAUCGUGGGUGUACUUGUUAUUGAAAUUAUACUAAUCGUCACUGCUUCCUUCAAGUACUUUUAUAUCAUCUAUAAGGAAGGCGCUAUUCAAUUACCAUAUGAAGAAGAGAAGGAAUGCAUCCCUGUUUAUAUCACAGACAAGGUUUAA